AAAUAACAAUGAAAAAUGCGCAAAUUUGUGGCGCUGAAUUGUUUAGUAGAUCAUAACGAUUCAAGGGCUUUCAGGAGCGAUGCAAUUCAAAACUUGAGACAGGCGUUGCUUGCUCCCGCUUUGUAUAAGCCAGGCAUUUUGCAAGCGCUAGUCGGGGCUAACUUCAAGUUUCAUAGAACUUGUAGUCUCGCUAAUAUCAUAGAAGAAUGCGAUGUGGGUGAGGAUCAGACGCUGUUGAUGUUCUGGGGCUGUGGAGAAACCGAGAGUAGAGCCACAGUUAGCAUGUCCGUGUCUAGCUGUUCGUCCAUUCAAAUGUCUACUGGGGGACAGGUACAAGGCGCGCAAGGGCAAAGCACAAAUCUGCCACUGCGCGAGCGUGAGCUGCGUUCCAUCGCGCAACAAACGGAGAUCAGCUGGCGGCCCGUGCCUGGACAAUCGUCGCCGGCGAGCUUGUACGAGGCUGAAGGCUGCGCGCAUGUGCAGGCAGAUUCGCUGACGUUCUCGUCGCCUGCGUCGUCUAUGCUGCACCCUGCACCACGGUCCAUGUCGAUCCUCGGCUCCGUUUGCGCCCUGCUGCUCAGCAAGCAGGGCUCAUCAGUAGCCCCGAAGGAGGUGCCGAGUUACACGGGCACGGGCGGCGGGGGCGCGGUCAGCCCUGGAACGGACAACAUCUGCCGAAUAUGCUUCGGCGGCGAAUCAGCGGAGCGGCUGGUGCGCCCUUGUUCCUGCCGCGGCACCAUAGCUGCUGUUCAUCGCUCUUGCCUUGAGCGCUGGCUACUGCAAGCCGCCACAUCCUACUGCGAGCUAUGCCGUCACCAUUAUGUCGUCACUAGAAGUCACAAGUGGUCGUGGCUGAUGUCGGUGUGCGCGUGGGCGAUGUCGGGGCGCGGGCGCGCGCUGGCGGCGGACGCGUGGCGCGGGCUGGCGCUGGGCGCGGCGUCGGUGCUGGGCACGGCGCGCGCGCUGCACGCCUGCGACGUCGUGCUGCAGGCGGGCGCGCGCAGGGGCGGCGGCGCCGCGCUGGCCGCCAACCUCUUCUCCUCGCUGCUCAUCGGCAUCAUCGGAGCGCUCAACGGGCUGCUGACCACUUGGAUGCUGCUGAAGAUACAGGAGCAUCAGCUGUCGUGGCAGGCGUGGCGCGACAGCACCGUGCACGUGCACGUGACGCUCGACGACGAGCACACGCCGCGCGACUCCGACGUGACCGUCGUGGCGGACACCUCGUCGCCUUCGACGCGGCUGCCGCCGGCCGCGCCCACCGCCGACCGCAGCACCAACGUCGUGGACCCCUUCAUGAUCGCCCUUCCGUUUUCGCUCGCCGACCCCUGAUCGGAUAGCGCCCGACCGUGUCGCCGUCGGCCGGCGUUGCGCUGGCACCGGCGGGAACGAUCUAGUCAUACUCAGCGGUAUCUACGCGCGGCGGAAACGUUGACAUCUUGCGUGAACAAAAAAAUGCAAA